CCCACGGCCGUCAAUCCGGCGAAGCCCACGGCUGGCAAUCCGGCGAAGCCCGUGGCCGUUAAUCCGGCGGAGCCCACGGCCGGCGAUCCCGCAACCAGCAAUCCGGCGAAGCCCACGGCCGUUAAUCCGGCGAAGCCCACGGCCAGCAAUCCGGCGGAGCCCACGGCCGUUAAUCCGGCGAAGCCCACGGCCAGCAAUCCGGCGGAGCCCACGGCCGACGAUCCGGCGAAACUCACGGCCGGCGAUCCCACGGCCGACGAUCCGGCGGAGCCCACGGAGCCCACGGAGCCCACGGCCGGUGAUCCCACGGAGGACGAUCUGGCGGAGCCCACGGAGCCCACGGCCGACGAGUUUGUCCAACAGGUUGACGAUUACGUCAAGUCCACGCCCACGCUGUCAAUCUUCUUCAAGGACGACAACCGAUUUAUGCAGAACAUGGCGACCAAGCUCGUCGACCUUGCCAAGGACACGACCACCGACCUAGCGAGCCCCCAGGUCCUGCCCAUGACCAUCGAGGUGACCAUGCACCAGCAGGUCAUCUACUGCGACGACAGCAGCUCCAUGACGAACCGAAAAGGUACCGCAGAGAAGCGGUGGGAGAACCAGAAGGAGCUGGCGCUACGCAUCGCCAAAAUCGGGACGCUGAUCCUGCCCGACGACCAGGGCGUCGCCCUGCGCUUCAUCAACCAGCGCACGGCCGACGAGUCGGCCAAUCUAGACCUUGAGGCCCUCGGGCGCGGAUUCGAGUCCGUCUCGCCGCGCGGCGACACGCCGAUAGGCACCACGCUGCGCGAGCGCAUCCUCGAGCCGCUCGUCCUGCAGCCGCUCGCCGAGGGCAGGUUCAAGCGGCCGCUGCUCGUGUCGAUCUUGACUGAUGGUGGGCCCUCGCGCGAGGACCCUGGCAAGUUGGCGAGGGUCAUCCUCGAGUGCGGCAGCGAGCUGGUUAAAAAUGGGUAUCCAAUGGACUGCGUCAAGUUCUUGGUCGGCCAGAUCGGCUCGUCCAAGGAGGCCGUCGACUUUCUCGACACGCUUAGGGGCAACAGCGAUAUCGACAAGGUUACUUACGUCUUUGCGGGCAGGUUCGACGACAAGUUCAAGUCGUUCCGCGAUCAGCGCGCGCUGGACCGCUGGCUCGUCACGACACUGUACCAACCCCUCGCGAACGCGGAGCGUAGGAAAGCGUAGGAGGAAGUAGUAACAGCCAUAUGCGUAGGACGGUAGUCUUCUUGUAAUUGAUGUCCAGCUGUUUAGUUCGCUCUGACGACAAAGGUGUGCCCGAAUAAACCCAAGUCACAUUCC